CUUCGACAGCGACAAAAGGCUACGGUAGGGUAUCAUAUUCCUGAACAUACCCCGUACCAGUAUCCAGCAUCCUCUAUCCAAUCCAAGACGCGCCUUUGAAAUCGAAACGCCGAAUAUAUCCUUCCAAAGAAGUAGAUAUGUGCAAACACAUCUUAAACGCCCAAGUAUCUAUACGGAGUCCAUGCUGCAAAAAAUGGUUCGACUGUGCAGAGUGCCACGCCGAGCAAGAAACACACCCUUUACUACAGACUUUCGAUAUGACGUUCGUAUGCAAGAAAUGCCGAAAAGCAUUCCGAAAGAACACCCAGGAUUGGGAUGAGAGCGACGAGUACUGCCCAAAUUGCGACAACCACUUCGUCAUAGACGCUUUGACGCCAAAGGCUGCACUGAAAGUCGAGAGUGAGGACACGAGGAUGGACGCCAGGAUGCUCAAAGAUGAGCGCGUUCGACAGCCCGAGCAACAAUCAAUAUUCGAUGUCAAAAAUGCCGAGACACGCCUGGUCUGAACCAAAGACGAUACGAGGGAGGCUGACUAUGCUACACCUUUUUCAAUUUUAGGAAUUAAUGCAAAGGAGCCUGAAGUGCAAACCGACGGCUUGCUGCUGGAUGGUUUCCCCUGAGAAGCAUUUUGGGGCGGCUUGAUGAAAUGCAUGUCCAGACACGACAGGCAAUGGUCACCCUGUUUUGAUUCAUUUUAUCACCUAAACUCCUGGCGCUUAUGCAAAGGACGGAUCAAGGAGGUCUAUUCAUCAAGUAUCCCCUGAUCCUUCACCCUCCGUGACUGGUCUUGUGGGCAGAGUUGAUGUACCUGGGCCCGAAGCAGCUGCUCUGCCUGGCUUCUUCUUUGCCUGCUCUUCUUGCUUCUCGGCCUCAAUUGUCUUGACGUAUUGUUCGAUCUGUUCGGAGGGCAGCAUUUCAAUGGUCUUUCCUGGAGCCAUGAUUGCAAUCUCAAUAUUCUUCGCUCCGGUUUGGACGACUUCAAGGAGGGAUUUGAC